AUGACCACGUUGAACCCCUCAAUGCAUCAGCAAGGACCUUUCCUUGAAUCUUUGCUGAGUGGCCAUCAGAGACUGAUGGAAAUAAUAAUGAGAGUCAUUCCAGCAGCACUUUGCCUCGUUCUUUGCGGUGGCGCCGAUGGGUUCGUCACCAAGGCUCCCUUUGGUUUGAAAACUUCCGCUCUUCAAAUGGCGGCUACGUCUGAAAAGGAAGUUCGAGAUGCCAUUAAUCAAAUCAACGCUGGGAAUUUUGAGCAAACUCUUAGCGAGAUUGAGCCGUUCCUUCGAGAUGAAGCUGACGCAAAAUUCUACGGAAAGGCAAAACUUCGCCUUAGCGACAAGGCAUGGCAUGCUGGCCUUACCAUCCCCGAAAAUUUCGCAAAGGCGUCUUCACCAGCUCCAGCAGCUGAACCAACGCCCGUUGUGGAGGAAGAAGUGCAAGAACCUGAACCAGUUGCAGAGGUUGAAGAACCGGCACCUGUCGCUGAGGAAGCUGCACCAGAACCUGUCGCCGAGGAAGCUACACCAGAACCUGUCGCCGAGGAAGCUACACCCGAGGAAGCUACACCAGAACCUGUUGCUGAAGAAGCUGCCCCCGAGCCAGUUGCCGAAGAAGCUACCCCCGAGCCAGUUGCCGAAGAAGCUACCCCCGAGCCAGUUGCCGAAGAAGCUGCCCCCGAGCCAGUUGCCGAAGAAGCAGCACCCGCAGCCGAGCCCAAAAAAAUCACCCCAGCUCUUAUCAAGGAACUUCGUAUGUUGACUGGUGCUGGUAUGAUGGAUUGCAAAAAGGCACUGACUGAGACUGAUGGUGAUGUGGACCAAGCUAUUGAAAAUAUGCGAAAAUCUGGUGCCUUGAAGGCUGCCAAGAAGGCUACCAAGGUUGCGGCUGAGGGACAAAUCAUUAUUAAAGCAGGUGAUGGAACAGCUGCCAUGGUGGAGGUCAACUGCCAAACUGACUUUGUUGCCAAGGAUGAGACCUUUUUGGCAUUUGCCAAUGAGGUGACCCAAACGGCUGCAGAUAGCAAGUCGUCUCUGGAGGAGUUGCAGCAACAGUUUGAGGAGAAGCGAGUGGCUCUUGUGGCCAAGAUUGGGGAGAACAUCAAUAUUCGUCGAGUUCAAUAUGUUGAGGGUGGAAAGGUUGCCACCUACUUGCACAAUGGUGGCAAAAUUGGUGUGGUCGUCACUGGUGAUGGUGAGGAGGAUGUCCUCAAGAAUAUGUGCAUGCAUGUCUGUGCUUCCAGUCCCCAGUUCUUGACUCCUGAUGAAGUUCCAUCAGAGGUUGUGGAGAAGGAACGUCAGGUCCAAAUUGACAUUGCCAUGAAUGAGGGCAAACCACAGGACAUUGCAGAGAAGAUGGUUGCUGGAAGAAUGAAGAAGUACACUGGUGAGGUCUCCUUGACUGGCCAGCCAUUUGUCAUGGAACCCAAGAAGUCAGUUGGUGAUGUGUUGAAGGAGAAGGGAGCCUCAGUGACCGGCUUUGUGCGCCUGGAGGUUGGAGAAGGUAUUGAGAAAAAGGAGGAAGUCAGCUUUGCUGAUGAAGUGGCUGCUAUGGCAGCAGGCAACUAAGCAGCAUACAACCGGCUAGCUUGUAGCCUUGACUGUAAAUGUAUAGGGAAGCAGAUUGAACUAUU